GUAACGAGCCUCGGGUUUGAUUUGAUGAACACGGAAGUGAUACUGGAAUUCAUGGGAUGGGAAAACAAAUCUUUACUGCACCGCCUCAACGUGUUAAGACAGUCAUUACCGAUUCGUUUCAACCGUGCACAGUCUUAGUUUACGCGCAUUCUGUUAUCUUGAAUUAACCGUAAUUCUUUCUAGCUCUGCUGUAGACUAGUUGAGCACAAUGAACAACUGUAUUGUUAAUGUGAUAACACUAUGCAUUGUAUUGCAGGUGAAUUGCGCUUUGGAUUUCGACAAAACGCGCACGACAUAUUCUGCGAAGGUGAGUGAAAUAUCUUUACAUUUAUUCAAAUGUUGUUCAUUAACCUACUCAAUUCAUUAUGUAUAGUACAGUAACAUAGACUAUUCAAUAUUCUUGCACAGAUCUUUGGGUUCUCAUGGGAGAACUGCGGUAAGCCGGACGACCCAGCGGUUCUGAAGAUCCUAGCCCUGUCCCCGGACCCCAUCACAGUUCCAGGGGACCUGACGGCCAGUGCAUCCGGGACCACAACGGUCGAGCUGGCCGCUCCCCUUGCUGUGAGUACAAGGCAUGCACCAAGGGUCCUCCUCAAAUGCUCAAAUGAGAUCUUGAAUGCUAUUUGAUUACUAACGAAGUAUACUGAUUUGUUAAAGUAGCUAGUGAAUUGAAUUAACCAACCAUUAGCUUUCGAGGUAGGCAUAUGGUAUUGCCUGUCUUUAACACAUGUAUAUACAUACUCCUCUGUUACCAUAGCCGCAGGAUAUAGGGGUGCUAAGGGUGCUGCAGCAACCCCUGAAAAAUCAGAAGAAAAUAUAUAUAUACUACCGGUCAAAAGUUUGGACACACCUACUCAUUCAAGGGUUUUUCUUUAUUUUUACUAUUUUUUUGUGCUGUAGAAUAAUAGUGAAGACGUCAAAACUGUGAAAUAGCACAUAUGGAAUCAUGUAGUAACCAAAAAAGUGUUAAACAAAUAAAAUAAAAUAUAUUUGAGAUUCUUCAAAGUAGCCACCCUUUGCCUUGAUGACAGCUAUGCACACUCUUGGCAUUCUCUCAACCAGCUUCACCUGGAAUGCUUUUCCAACAGUCAUGAAGGAGUUCCCACAUAUGCUGAGCACUUGUUGGCUGCUAUUCCUUCACUCUGCCGUCCGACUCAUCCCAAACCAUCAGGGGAUUAUGGUGGCCAGGUCAUCUGAUGCAGAACUCCAUCACUCUCCUUCUUGGUAAAAUAGCCCUUACACAGCCUGGAGGUGUGUUGGGUCAUUGUCCUGUUGAAAAAGAAAUGAUAGUCCCACUAAGCCCAAACCAGAUGGGAUGGUGUAUCACUGCAGAAUGCUGUGGUAGCCAUGCUGGUUAAGUGGGCCUUGAAUUCUAAAUAAUCACUGACAGUGUCACCAGCAAAGCACCCGCACACCAUCACAUCUCCUCCAUGCUUCACUGUGGGAACCACACAUGCGGAGAUCAUCCGUUCACCUUCUCUGCGUCUAGCAAAGACACGGCGGUUGGAACCAAAAAUCUCAAAUUUGGACUCCAGACCAAAGGACAGAUUUCCACUGGUCUAAUGUCCAUUGCUCGUGUUUCUUGGCCCAUGCAAGUCUCAUCUUCUUAUUGGUGUCCUUUAGUAGUGCUUUCUUUGCAGCAAUUCGACCAUGAAGGCCUGAUUCACGCAGUCUCCUCUGAACAGUUGAUGUUGAGAUGUGUCUGUUACUUGAACUCUGUGAAGCAUUUAUUUGGGCUGCAAUCUGAGGUGCAGUUAACUCUAAUUAACUUAUCCUCUGCAGCAGAGGUAACUCUGGGUCUUCCUUUCCUGUGGCGGUCCUCAUGAGAGCUAGUUUCAUCAUAGCGCUUGAUGGUUUUUGCGACUGCACUUGAAGAAACGUUCAAAGUUCUUGAAAUGUUCCGUAUUGACUGACCUUCAUGUCUUGAUGGACUGUCAUUUCUCUUUGCUUAUUUGAGCUGUUCUUGCCAUAAUAUGGACUUGGUCUUUUACCAAAUAGGGCUAUCUUCUGUAUACCACCCUUACCUUGUCACAACACAACUGAUUGGCUCAAACGCAUUAAGAAGGAAAGAAAUUUCACAAAUUAACUUUUAAGAAGGCCCACCUGUUAAUUGAAAUGCAUUCCAGGUGACUAUCUCAUGAAGCUGGUUGAGAGAAUGAGACACAAGAGUGUGCAAACCUGUCAUCAAGGCAAAAGGGGUGGCUACUUUGAAGAAUCUCAAAUAUAAAAUAUAUUUGGAUUUGUUUAACCCUUUUUUGGUUACUACAUGAUUCCACAUGUGUUAUUUUAAUAGUUUUGAUGUCUUCACUAUUAUUCUACAAUGUAGAAAAUAGUAAAAAUAAAGAAAGACCUUUUGAAUGGUACUGUAUAUUACAAAACAUUUGUAUUUAUUUUUUACCAAAGCAGUGCACUGAGCCUUUACUAGUCCUGUAUUAACGGACCGAUAUAGACGUCUGGGGGCAAAAAAGGUAGUUAUAUAAUUAAGCACCACCCCAAAACUACUUCCCGCGACUAUACAAUACAUAAAGAAAUAUAUAUUUUUGUCAUUUAGCUUUUAUCCAGAGCGACUUACAGGAGCAAUUAGGGUUAAGUGCCUUGCUCAAGGGCACAUCGACAGAUUUUUCACCUAGUUGGUUUGGGGAUUCGAACCAGCGACCUUUCAGUUACUGGCCCAACGCUCUUAACUACUAGGCAUAUUCAGUGCCUUUGGAAAGUAUUCAGACCCCUUGACUUUUUCCGCAUAUUGUUACGUUACAGCCUUAUUCUAAAAUUUAUUAAAUAAUUUUUUUCUCCUCAAUCUACACACAGUACCCCAUAACAUGAUGACAUGACAAAGUGACAAAGUGAAAACAGGUUUUUUGAAAUGUUUGCUAAAAACAUCAACAGAAAAACCUUAUUUACAUACGUAUUCAGACCCUAUGGGCCCUGUGUAGCUCAGUUGGUAGAGCAUGGCGCUUGCAACGUCAGGGUUGUGGGUUCGAUUCCCACGGGAGGCCAGUAUGAAAAUGUAUGCACUCACUAACUGUAAGUCGCUCUGGAUAAGAUCAUCUGCUAAAUGACUAAAAUGUAAAUGUAAAUACUCGAAAUUGAGCUCAGGUGCAUCCUGUUUCCAUUGAUCAUCCUUGAGAUGUUUCUACAACUUGAUUGGAGUCCACCUGUGGUAAAUUCAUUUAAUUGGACAUGAUUUGGAAAGGUGCACACCUGUCUAUAUAAGGUCCCAUAGUUGACGGUUCAUGUCAGAGUAAAAACCAAGCCAUGAGGUCAAAGGAAUUGUUCGUAGAGCUCAGAGACAGGAUUGUGUCGAGGUACAGGUCUGGGGAAGGGUACCAAAAAAUGUCUGCAGCUUUGAAGGUCCACAAGAACACAGUGGCCUCCAUCAUUCUUAAAUGGAAGAAGAUUGGAACCACCAAGACUCUUCCUAACCUUCCAGAAGGACAACCAUCUCUGCAGCACUCCACCAAUCAGACCUUUAUGGUAGAGUGGCCAGAUGGAAGCCACUCCUCAGUAAAAGGCACAUGACAGUCCGCUUGGAGUUUGCCAAAAGGAACCUAAAGGACUCUCAGACCAUGAGAAACAAGAUUCUCUGGUAUGAUGAAACCAAGCUUGAACUCUUUGGCCUGAAUGUCACCUUCCAACAGGACAAUGACCCUAAGCACACAGCAAAGACAACGCAGGAGUUGCUUCUGGACAAGUCUCUGAAUGUCCUUGAGUGGCCCAGCCAGAGCCCGGACUUGAACUUGAUCGAACAUCUCUGGAGAGACCUGAAAAUAGCUGUGCAGCGACGCUCCCCAUCCAACCUGACAGAGCUUAAGAGGGUCCGCAGAGAAGUAAAGGGUCUGAAUACUUAUUUAAAUGUGAUAUUUCCAUUUUUUGUAUUUAAUAAAUAUGCAAAAAUGUCUAAACCUGUUUUUUAUUUUUCGUUAGGGGUAUUGUGUGUAGAUCGAUGAGGUGAGAAACAAUGUAAUACAUUUUUGAAUAAGGCUGUAACGUAACAAAAUGUGGAUAAAGUCAAGGGGUCUGAAUACUUUCCGAAUGAAUAGGCUCUUUGUGUAUAAAAAUGGUCACAAUCAAAGCUAGUUUGACACACUAUAGUCCUACUAAAUAAGAGACCAUCAAUUCCUCCUGAAAAACUUACCAACAGGGAAUUGAAAGCUGUUACUUUGCCACAUCAGUCUGUAGGCCUAUUCAGACAUGUGAGAGCCUAUUCCACUUUGUCUGUGUGUGUCUGUUGGUGCUUCUGGGUGCUUCUGGGUCCUGUGUUGUUAAACAGGUAGAAACUUGCCUGUGGGGAGGUUUGUCUGACUCACGACACGGAUGAGCUUCAUGUGAGCAGCUCACCACAUAAACCUCUGCUCUGCUGCACCGGUGGCCCAAAUAGAUAUGAAAUGUACAGUAGACUUCCUGAUUCAAUGCUCACCCUUACAAUGCAGAGUUCACAAGAGAAGGAAUGGCAUUUGCAGUGGUGAUGGCAGUGUUCUGUUCAAGAAUGCGCCAAUGUAAUGUUGCGUUAUGAACGUUUUUGCAACAGACAGCUUUCACAUACUGGACAUUCAGUUGUUCCCAACUUCUAUUGGUUUAGUUGAUGCAAUGCAGAGAAGACUGACUUGACUGUUCUUCCUGGAAAUCAAUCACCUAGAUCAGUGUCAGAUUAUUCCUUUCCUUCCAUGGCAAUAGCCUACCCCUGAUUCUCUCUUAACAUUGGUGACAUCAUUGCAAGGGAAGAAUAGAACCGUUUCUGCUUUGCUGGAAACAACUAGGGUGCAUUGUACAAGUCAAGAAUAGCCUGACAUUCGUUGGUUUUUUUUUAACACCACAGUACUGGACCUAUUUUCUCCUCUUAGGUAACUUGACCAAGCCUGGCGGUACGUCUGUCAAGAUAGUUUUAUUGUCAUAACCCAUGGAUUAUAUACUUUGUUUUUCAUAACAUCCCAGUUAACUAUUUAGGAUGCAAAUUGGCCAAUCAAACGUUGUAGAGUAGUUGAAUAACAGCGUUUUGUCCUUGUGCUGGCCUACAUUGUGGAUAGGCAUACUGUUACUGUAGCCCACUGUUUUUCCAGACAACCCAGUUAACUGGCCCUAUAUAUUUCUCUCCUCUUAGGUGAACGUGACGCUGGAGAAGGAGGUGGCAGGGUUCUGGGUCAAGGUCCCGUGUCUGGAAGAGAUAGGGAGCUGCCACUACACAGACGGCUGUGACCUGCUCAACCAACUGAUACCGCCCGGAACGGACUGUCCUGAACCUCUACACACCUACGGCAUCCCCUGCCACUGUCCCUUUAAAGCUGUGAGUCUAUACUGUAGUUCAUAUCCUGCCACUGUCCCUUUAAAGCUGUGAGUCUAUACUGUAGUUCAUAUCCUGCCACUGUCCCUUUAAAGCUGUGAGUCUAUACUGUAGUUCAUAUCCUGCCACUGCCCCUUUAAAGCUGUGAGUCUAUACUGUAGUUCAUAUCCUGCCACUGUCCCUUUAAAGCUGUGAGUCUAUACUGUAGUUCAUAUCCUGCCACUGUCCCUUUAAAGCUGUGAGUCUAUACUGUAGUUCAUCCCCUGCCACUGCCCCUUUAAAGCUGUGAGUCUAUACUGUAGUUCAUAUCCUGCCACUGUCCCUUUAAAGCUGUGAGUCUAGAUAUGUGAUGUAGAAAGAACGUGUUCCUCCAGUGGUUAACGCUUAGGCUACUUCCCUCUUUCAUAUCCUGUUCAGUGCAAUGUAGUGAAUGUCCGUUGACAGCACUCUUUGUUGUACAGCAGCUAGCCAAACAACAAAGUUCUAAACGUUCUCUGAAUGUUCUGAACAUUUGCACUGAACGUUCUGUUGCUCAGUACUCAUUCUGUUUUUCUCAAGGAUACGUUUUUCUGUUUACUCAAUGUCUUUUGUGUUCAAAUGACCUAUUUUCUCUCUCCUAAGGGUGCAUACCUUUCUAUACAGUAAAGCAUGCUUUACUCAGAGGCUGUAUCCCAAAUGGCUCCCUAUACUAUAUAUAUAUAUAUAUAUAUAUAGUACUUUGACCAAGGUGCACUACCCUUGAAAAGAGCCCAAUGGGCCUUGGUCAAAAGUAGUGCACUAUAUAGGGAAUAGGGUGAUAUUUGGGACACGGAGAAAGUGUAUUGGUUGAACCUCUAUUUCCUGUCUGUUCUAAGGGGGUGUACACACUACCAGAGUCAGAUUUCUACCUCCCUGACAUUGACCUUCCCUACUGGCUGACCAACGGACACUACAGAGUACAGGGAGUGCUGGGAGCUGUGGGGAAAGAACUGGGCUGCCUCAAAAUCACCUUCGCUGUCCACUCCAAUAACUAAACGGUGGGUAAAUCACCUUCGCUGUCCACUCUAAUAACUAAAACGGUGGGUAAAUCACCUUCGCUGUCCACUCUAAUAACUAAACGGUGGGUAAAUCACCUUCGCUGUCCACUCUAAUAACUAAACGGUGGGUAAAUCACCUUCGCUGUCCACUCUAAUAACUAAACGGUGGGUAAAUCACCUUCGCUGUCCACUCUAAUAACUAAACGGUGGGUAAAUCACCUUUGCUGUCCACUCUAAUAACUAAACGGUGGGUAAAUGUCCUUCUCUGUCCACUCUAAUAACUAAACGCUGGGUAAAUCACCUUCGCUGUCCACUCUAAUAACUAAACGGUGGGUAAAUGUCCUUCUCUGUCCACUCUAAUAACUAAACGGUGGGUAAAUGUCCUUCUCUAUCCACUCUAAUAACUAAACGGUGGGUAAAUGUCCUUCUCUAUCCACUCUAAUAACUAAACGGUGGGUAAAUGUCCUUCUCUGUCCACUCUAAUAACUAAACGGUGGGUAAAUCACCUUCGCUGUCCACUCUAAUAACUAAACGGUGGGUAAAUGUCCUUCUCUAUCCACCCUAAUAACUAAACGGUGGGUAAAUGUCCUUCUCUGUCCACUCUAAUAACUAAACGGUGGGUAAAUGUCCUUCUCUGUCCACUCUAAUAACUAAACGGUGGGUAAAUCACCUUCGCUGUCCACUCUAAUAACUAAACGGUGGGUAAAUGUCCUUCUCUAUCCACUCUAAUAACUAAACGCUGGGUAAAUCACCUUCGCUGUCCACUCUAAUAACUAAACGGUGGGUAAAUGUCCUUCUCUGUCCACUCUAAUAACUAAACGGUGGGUAAAUGUCCUUCUCUGUCCACUCUAAUAACUAAACGGUGGGUAAAUGUCCUUCUCUAUCCACUCUAAUAACUAAACGGUGGGUAAAUGUCCUUCUCUAUCCACUCUAAUAACUAAACGGUGGGUAAAUGUCCUUCUCUGUCCACUCUAAUAACUAAACGGUGGGUAAAUGUCCUUCUCUAUCCACUCUAAUAACUAAACGGUGGGUAAAUGUCCUUCUCUAUCCACUCUAAUAACUAAACGGUGGGUAAAUGUCCUUCUCUAUCCACUCUAAUUAAAUGGUGGAUACAGGGAACGUAAUGUACCAUUCAGUGAACUGGUGUACUGACACUUCUUUAUUCUCAAGGGAACUUCGGCUUUCAUCUCUUCUCAUCAAACCGUCGAUUGAGAACUGGGCCUGUAUACACAGGAGUGUUGACUUAGGAUCAGUUUGACCGUUACGGUCUGAGGCGCUUUGUGGAUACUGGCCCAAACAAGCAGUAACUGAACUACUACUGUAGUUUAGGACACGAUUCAGUAGACUCACUUUCAGGGAAAACAGUUGAGUGAUUUGCAAGGCUACGUACAGGCUUCGUACAGGCUACGUACAGGCUUCGUACAGGCUACGUACAGGCUACGUACAGGCUACGUACAGGCUACGUACAGGCUCCCUACUGUACUGCUAUGAACUUGCCAUAACUAGUAUGAUUAUUUGUCAUAAUGUUUUACACUGUCUUUUCUUUUUUUAUACGGAAUGCUUUUUAUUCGAUUUCUUGUCAAGGGUGAAUGACCGUGGGUAUGCUUCUAUUGCUCAGUUGCUUUUACCCUAGGCAUGGUACUGUAUCUCCCGAGUGGCGCAGUGGUCCAAGGCACUGUAUUGCAGUGCUAGCUGUGCCACUAGAGAUCCUGGUUCGAAUCCAGGCUCUGUCGUAGCCGGCCGCGACCGGCAGACCCAUGGGGCGGCGCACAAUUGGCCCAGCGUCGUCCAGGAUAGGGGAGGGAAUGGCCGGCAGGGAUGUAGCUCAGUUGGUUGAGCAUGGCGUUUGCAACGCCAGGGUUGUGGGUUCAAUUCCCACGGGGGGCCAGUAAAAAGAAAAAUAUAUAGAUAUAUAAAAAAGAAUAAUGUAUGCACUCACUAACUGUAAGUCGCUCUGGAUAAGAGCGUCUGCUAAAUGACUAAAAUGUCAAAUGUAAAUGUAAUACUGGUCACAUGACUAGUAGUUUUCUACGGAUCGUAUUGCUACUUCUGUUGCUAGUGGUGACGCUUCUUAUUUUACAACCCAUGGGAAUAUGUUGUUCUUCCUGUUUAAUUGUGCAUUGAUCUGUUUUUUUUCUGAAGGUGUUUUAUUGUUGACAUGUUCAAAGUGCCUAAAUAGACCUGCUGGAAUUGGCGUAUACGGAUCCAGUGCGACUUUGUGACGUUUCAAAGGGAAAUGGCAUUAACACAGGCAAUCAAUUCCCUCCCUCGUAUAAUACCAAUAGGCUAAUCCCAUUCUGUAACCAAUUAAAGUGAUCUAAGAAAUGUAAAUGCACUUCCUAUCUUAAAUAAAAAUUCAAAUGAAAUGGUAAUCAACUAUAUAAGUUUUGCAUCUUGAUUAUUUAGAAAUUACGUGCUUACUAUUGUAACAAAUCACCAUUAUGCUGGUCAAUAUUUCACUGUAAUUAUUAUUAUUUUUAAAUAAAAUAAUAUCCUAUAUGUUGGUAAGUCUUUGUUUUCUGAAAUGAAUUACUGUAUUGUGUGAUCAGGAUUUGAACCUCUGCAGUUCCCCAGGAUGGCCACAGGAAAGCACUAGUGGUUAAAUGUUGAUUACUUGACAGUGGGUCAUGGGAGAUUCUGAGACUUAUUCCUGGUUUCAGUCUACCAACUUCUUUGGUAGUUUAUUGAAAAGAUGCCAUGCAAAUUAUGUGUAGUUCUAUGUGAAGUACUGUAAUUUGAUUACUUACUUUAACAUCAUGGUGCAAGAAAAUUAUAUUAUUAUAUUAUUAUAUUAUAUUAUAUUAUUAUAUAAAAUGGAGUGGGGAUUGUUAUGGAUAUCUUAGUACUAAUCUGUCUGACGUGUUGACCAGUCAGUCUGCAGAUGGAAACCCAGUCCUGGUACAAUGCUGCUCAGUCCAGAGUCCAGAUCACUCUUAUUCUCAACUUGACAACAUUCUCCUCAUUUCUGAUUGUCCAGGGUGUACUCCAAUUCACUUUACACUAACAGAUGUCCAGGGUGUACUCCAAUUCACUUUACACUAACAGAUGUCCAGGGUGUACUCCAAUUCACUUUACACUAACAGAUGUCCAGGGUGUACUCCAAUUCACUUUACACUAACAGAUGUCCAGGGUGUAAUCCAAUCACUUUACCUAACAGAUGUCCAGGUGUACUCCAAUUCACUUUGCACUAACAGAUGUCCAGGGUGUAAUCCAAUUGACUUUACACUAACAGAUGUCCAGGGUGUAAUCCAAUUCACUUUGCACUAACAGAUGUCCAGGGUGUAAUCCAAUUCACUUUACACUAACAGAUGUCCAGGGUGUAAUCCAAUUCACUUUGCACUAACAGAUGUCCAGGGUGUAAUCCAAUUCACUUUACACUAACAGAUGUCCAGGGUGUAAUCCAAUUCACUUUACACUAACAGAUGUCCAGGGUGUACUCCAAUUCACUUUGCACUAACAGAUGUCCAGGUGUUCUUGUGUGUCCUCUCUCUCUCUCUCUCUCUGUCUCUCUCAAAAUGUCUCAGAGCAGAUGUCUAAGUUAAGAGGCCUACGUACCCUCCCCUCAUGUCUAUACACUUCCUGUACGUACCCUCCCCUCAUGUCUAUAAACUUCCUGUACGUACCCUCCCCUCAUGUCUAUAAACUUCCUGUACGUACCCUCCCCUCAUGUCUAUAAACUUCCUGUACGUACCCUCCCCUCAUGUCUAUAAACUAUAUAUAUAUAUAGUACUUUGACCAAGGUGCACUACCCUUGAAAAGAGCCCAAUGGGCCUUGGUCAAAAGUAGUGCACUAUAUAGGGAAUAGGGUGAUAUUUGGGACACAGAGAAAGUGUAUUGGUUGAACCUCUAUUUCCUGUCUGUUCUAAGGGGGUGUACACACUACCAGAGUCAGAUUUCUACCUCCCUGACAUUGACCUUCCCUACUGGCUGACCAACGGACACUACAGAGUACAGGGAGUGCUGGGAGCUGUGGGGAAAGAACUGGGCUGCCUCAAAAUCACCUUCGCUGUCCACUCUAAUAACUAA